AUGGUGACUACACGACAACAUCCCCAAGAAUUCUCUCCUCCCGUUACUUCCACCUUCGCGUCGAAGCAAGCAAUCUCGACACGGGAACAUUCUCCGGCUCCCCGGGGCCAUUGGGCUCACAUCCCGUCGAAGUUGGUCAUUUUAUGGUUACUAGGCUCAAUCCCAUUUGUCAUCUGGGAUACUGGCUAUGUUCUUCUGAGGCCGUAUAGCAUGCCUGGUGGUGCACUGCACGCCAUCUGGAGUCCGUAUGCGCUCUAUGGAACGGUUGAUUACAUAUACGGCUGGCCUGCAUACCACGCUCGAAACGGAUUUACUUCUGCCCAAUCGUCUCUGAAUGUCCUCGAGACAAUUUGCUACCUUUUUUAUUUGUGGACGGUGUGGGCGCACGGGAAAGCUAUCGGGCCCCGCGGAAAACCAAAGGCGCCUGAACGGGGGAUACGCUUGCUCUUGUUUGACAGAAAGUACGUCGACGGAAGGACGGGGGCUUUUUCCCUAUUGGUUGUGUUUAGUGCCAGCGUCAUGACGCUCAGCAAAACCAUACUCUAUGGCCUGAAUGAAGCAUACUCCGGGUUCAAAAGCGUUGGGCACAAUAGCCUUGCUGCAUUGAUAUUUUUAUGGAUUAUUCCGAAUGGGUUCUGGAUCGUCUUUCCAAGCUUAGCAACCUAUUUCCUUGGAAAGGAAAUUGUCGACGCGCUAGAAACAGCCAGUGGUGUGCCUGGCAACACGGCUAAGAAUGCUAUGAGAGCGAAGGCCUCGUAA